GGGGCCUGGGGUUGGGGGGGCUGAGGACUGAAGCCACGAGGCCACUGGCUCAGAGGAGGGAGCUGCGGGCCGGAGGACAGCCGGCUCCCAAGCUGGGCGGAGGCCGCAGACAUGGACCCCAAGGAAGAGAAACUGUCCAAGGAGGAGACCACUGUCUCCCCAGCCGCAAAGGAGCCUGGGACAUCAGGGUCUGGAGCAGAGGAGACCAAAGGCCCAGUGGGGGAGACGCAAGCUGAGGAUGGUGUCCCCGAGGACGGUGUCCCCGCGAAUGUUGUCCCCAAGGACGGUGUCCCCGAGAAUGUUGUCCCCAAGGAUGGUGUCCCCGAGGAUGGUGUCCCCAAGGAUGGUGCCCCCGAGAAUGGUGUCCCCGAGGACGGUGCCCCCGAGAAUGUUGUCCCCAAGGAUGGUGUCCCCGAGGAUGGUGUUCCAGAGAAUGAUGUCCCUGAGGAUGGUGUCCCCAAGGAUGAUGUCCCUGAGAAUGGCGUCCCUGAGGACAAUGUCCACAAGGAUGCUGUCCACAAGGAUGGUGUCCCUGAGGAUGGUGUCCCCAAAGACAGUGUCCCCAAGGCUGGAGUCCCCGAGGGUGGUGCUCCCACAGGCCUGCAGGAGGAAGCUGCUGGGCUAGAGGGGGCGGGGCAGGGGGAGCCCGGGAAGGAGGCAGGGGGAAAGCAGGAAGUCGAGGUGGAACCGGGAAGGAAGAAAGGCAAGGAGGAAGAGGCUGCCGCAGCUUCCCUGGGGACGACAGCCAGGAAGGACGAGACCACAGCCCAACCCGGGGAGGCCGAGGACACGGAGGAGGCUGUGCUGGCCUCACAGAGGCCGAAGGGUGAUGAGAAAGAGGCCCCCGCGGAAUCUGAGGAGAAAGAGGGAGUGAACGGCAGAGACAAACCCCCACCCACAGAGGCUGGUGGGGACCAGGUCGCCGACCAAGAGGCCAAGGCGGGAUCUCAGAAGGCAGCUGUGGACGGUGAACCCCAUGAGGCUGACGGAAAGGAGGAGACCGAAAGAGGUGCAGAGGAAUUGGAGCCCGGAGGCCGUGGGGAAGACCAAGAGCAAGAUGAGGAUGAAGAGCCCAAGGAGGGGGCCACAGGGGUCCCCAGCUCCCCUGAGGAGUGGCCCGAGAGCCCCAGCGAGGAGGGCCCUGGCCUCAGCCCAGAUGGUGUGGGCCUGGAGACCGCAGCCUCGGGGGACGCCAGCCCUGGUGCCAGCGAGUCUUUGCCCAGCGACGUGCCCCAGAGUGCCACGGAGCCCCCUCCCGCAAAGGAGAAGAAGGAGCCGGCCCCGGCACGGAGGGUGUCGCCCGCGGCCCGGCCCCGGGGUCCCCGCGCUCAGAACCGCAAAGCCAUCGUGGACAAGUUCGGCGGGGCGGCCUCGGGCCCCACCGCACUGUUCCGGAACCCAAAGGCGGCCGGGGUGGCCGUCGGGGGCGUCAGGAGCAUGCUGCUGGAGUGGAGCCGGGCCAUGACGAGGAAGUACGAGCACGUGGACAUCCAGAACUUCUCGUCCAGCUGGAGCAGCGGCAUGGCCUUCUGCGCGCUCAUCCACAAGUUCUUCCCCGACGCCUUCGACUACGCGGCGCUGGACCCCGCCCAGCGCCGGCACAACUUCACCCUGGCCUUCUCCACUGCUGAGAAACUGGCCGACUGUGCCCAGCUGCUGGACGUGGACGACAUGGUGCGGCUGGCAGUGCCCGACUCCAAGUGCGUGUACACCUACAUCCAGGAGCUGUACCGCAGCCUCGUGCAGAAAGGGCUGGUGAAAACCAAGAAGUGAAGGCUGAGUCAGGAAGGUGCCCUGGGCCUCGCUCCUGCUCCUCGGAGACAGCAGAGCCGGGGGUCAGGCAGGGACAGGCGGCCCCAGUCGUGACUGCAUUAAAAGGACUUUUGUAAAACCCUG